AUGCACCUUCCACUCAGCCUUGCCGGCCUCGUAGCCGUCAUGCUCACACAAGUCGCCGCUUCUCCUCUUCUCUCCGCUGCCGCGGCGCGUCGGCAAUCGGCGGGUUGUACCGUCACUAUCGGCGCGUGUCCCAACGGUAGCUUGAUCGAACUCGAGUUGACCGAGUGCGCGUGUGCGUGCCUUGCGAACUCGUGCGAUGAGCUCUAUCCCCUCGUGAGAUGA